CCUCUGCACGCGUUCUGGAUGGGGGCCGUGGUGGGGGCUCUGCCCCUCCGAGCCUGUGAGUCAGCACUGUCUUCGGGAUUGGCCUCUCCCCUUAGUCCCCGCCCUUGGGGAGGAGCCUGGCAGCUCUCGGUCCAGCCUGCUCCUCUCUCAGCCAGAGAAGAGGCUCCACGCUGGGCGGGGAUGGGGCUUGAAACUGUUUGUGUCUGAACUGGGGGAGCCAGAGGCAUUGGAGCCACUGUCCCUCUUCCUUCCCAGGACCCUUGGGAUCCCGGGGCCAUAAAGGGCCACUCAGGCUAAGGGCCUGGGGAUGCCCCCUGCCUGGCCCCCUUGCCCUGACUGGCAGGGGGGCCAGGCUGGGCUGCAGCCUCCCUCUCACUCCAGCCAUGGAUCUCCUGCCCCCCAAGCCCAAGUACAACCCACUCCGGAAUGAGUCUCUGUCAUCGCUGGAGGAGGGGGCCUCAGGGUCCAGCCCACCGGAGGAGCUGCCGUCCCCCUCGGCCUCUUCCCUGGGGCCCAUCCUGCCACCUCAGGCUGGGGACGACAGUCCCACUACCCUGUGCUCCUUCUUCCCCCGGAUGAGCAACCUGAAGCUGGCCAACCCGGCUGGGGCACGCCCGGGGCCCAAGGGGGAGCCAGGCAGGGUGGCCGAGGAUGGGGAGGGGGUCGCCGGGGCAGCCGUGCCAGACUCAGGCCCCCUGCCCCUCCUCCAGGACAUGAACAAGCUGAGUGGAGGCGGCGGGCGCAGGACUCGGGUGGAAGGGGGCCAGCUGGGGGGCGAGGAGUGGACCCGCCACGGGAGCUUUGUCAAUAAGCCCACGCGGGGCUGGCUGCAUCCUAACGACAAAGUCAUGGGACCCGGGGUUUCCUACUUGGUUCGGUACAUGGGCUGUGUGGAGGUCCUGCAAUCCAUGCGUGCCCUGGACUUCAACACCCGGACUCAGGUCACCAGGGAGGCCAUCAGUCUGGUGUGUGAGGCUGUGCCAGGUGCUAAGGGGGCUUCGAGAAGGAGAAAGCCCUGUAGCCGCCCACUCAGUUCCAUUCUGGGGAGGAGUAACCUGAAAUUUGCUGGAAUGCCAAUCACUCUCACCGUCUCCACCAGCAGCCUCAACCUCAUGGCCGCAGACUGCAAACAGAUCAUCGCCAACCAUCACAUGCAAUCUAUCUCAUUUGCGUCCGGCGGGGACCCGGACACAGCUGAGUAUGUCGCCUAUGUUGCCAAAGACCCGGUGAAUCAGAGAGCCUGCCACAUCCUGGAGUGUCCGGAAGGGCUCGCUCAGGACGUCAUCAGCACCAUUGGCCAGGCCUUCGAGUUACGAUUCAAACAAUACCUCAGGAACCCGCCCAAGCUGGUCACCCCCCACGACAGGAUGGCUGGCUUUGAUGGCUCAGCUUGGGAUGAGGAGGAGGAAGAGCCACCUGAUCAUCAAUACUACAAUGACUUCCCGGGGAAGGAACCCCCUCUUGGGGGGGUGGUGGACAUGAGGCUUCGGGAAGGAGCCCCCCAGGGGCCUGCUCGACCCACUCUGCCCAGUGCCCAGAACCCCAGCCACCUGGGAGCUACGCUGCCUGUGGGGCAGCCUGCAGGGGGAGACCCAGAAGUCCACAAGCAGAUGCCACCUCUGCCACCCUGCCCAGCAGGCAGAGAGAUCUUUGAUGACCCCUCCUAUGUCAACAUCCAGAACCUGGACAAGGCCCGGCAAGCAGGGGGCGGGGCUGGGCCCCCCAAUCUCGCUGUCAAUGGCAGUGCGCCCCGAGACCUCUUUGACAUGAAGCCUUUUGAAGAUGCCCUUCGGGUGCCUCCACCUCCCCAGUCAGUGGCCAUGGCUGAGCAGCUCCGAGGGGAGCCCUGGUUCCAUGGAAAGCUGAACCGGCGGGAGGCCGAGGCCCUGCUGCAGCUCAACGGGGACUUCCUGGUGCGGGAAAGCACGACCACGCCUGGCCAGUACGUGCUCACUGGCCUGCAGAGCGGGCAGCCCAAGCACCUGCUGCUGGUGGACCCUGAGGGUGUGGUUCGGACAAAGGAUCACCGCUUCGAGAGCGUCAGUCACCUCAUCAGUUACCACAUGGACAAUCACUUGCCCAUCAUCUCUGCGGGCAGCGAACUGUGUCUACAGCAACCGGUGGAACGGAAAUUGUGAUCCGUCCCAGGUGCUUGCCGGAAGACUCCCUUCAACCCGCCCACUGUCCCCUGACUUCAGGACCUCACUUGGGAGUGUUCUGUGAGCUUGGCCUUGUGUAGGAGCUGGGGGUAGUGUGGACACUGGGUUUAGCAUCCAGCUCAGGGAGAGGGUUGGAGUCAGGAGCCUGGGGUAGAAUCCUACUUCUCCCCAAACCUCACCAAAGUAUUAACCUAGAGUGGCCCCUUCCCAGGGCCUUUCCUGUGCCAACCUGAUAGCCCCUUCCUCAGGAAGGUGGGUGCUCAAGGCCUGGGCCGUGUGCCUCGUAAUGGAAAAUGUCCUGUGAUGACAGGCAGUCACCCUUCCAGGAAACGAGCAACAAAUCACACCUCCGGUCUGCCCCUGGGCUCAGGGUACUCCAGCCCCUCUCAACAGCCCUCCCUUCCCAGUGUUUCAACUUUGUGCCUUUGACCAUCUCCUAGUUCUGAAGAUAUUUUAUGCAAAGAGUUCUUGGGCCCCUGAGGCCAAGGAUAGGGGUGCUGAUCCCCUGGCUUCUGGGACCCUGUCCUCUCCUUGCUCAGCAUCCCUCCAGUUUAGGUUGGGAGAACAGAAGCAGGAGUGGCAGCUGUUCCCUCUCCCUGGGCAUAUGCCACCUUUACCGAUUGCCUCAGAGCUCCCCUCCCCGCCAGGGGGGAGACGGACCCCUUCUUUGCUCAGUGCCUCCUGGCCGGGGCCUUUGUCCCCAGGGGUUUGUAUAU